UGUAUUACAUUCAAUUUAUUAAACUAUAGAGAUAUACCUACAGGACGGGCAAUUAAAAGUUAUACACAUUGUAUUUAAAAUUUAACUAUAUUAAGUGCAAAAAUUUGAAAAUACUUUUUCAUAAACAUAUUAUGCAGGGUUGGCAAUUAUAUACUCUAAAUAAAUAAAUAGAAUAUACGAAAGAUUUUUUCGGAGAGAAUUUUUUCUCUGUUGUGUUGUUUAAAACACGUUGUUUGCUCGGUUAAUUUCGAGAAACAGUGACAGUACUGACAGUGAUUGGCCCCCAAAUUCCGCAUAUUUUGCAGCUCUUUACUUAUCUCUGUGGGGCUAUCUAAAAUUACGUGUCUAUGCUACAAGCUGAUAAAAUUUAAACAGUUAAAACCGACCAUCCUACACAAAUUUACUGAGAUAACGCCGAAAAUGUCCUGAAAAUUGCGAUCACAUUUGCCUGCUGUUAGUGGUGGAAUUUGACAGACAUUAUGUUCCACAUAUAUUUGCCAACCCUGAAUAAUAUAUUUUUAAAUCAAUACUUAAUAUGCUAUAUAAAAUGUAUACUUUUUAUUUGCCCUGUCUAUAUCAAGUAAAUAUAAAGCAGUUUGAGGUAGCAGAUACUUUUGGCGCUUUGAUUUAUCCGCUACUAUUGAUGCUAACUUUACUGGAAUUCCGAUACUUAAAACUACCAUUCCGUCAGUAUACAUUUGAUUAAAUGAAGUAUAAAUUGUUAAGUCUAUUGUGAGGAUGCGUGGCGUUUCAAAGGGAUAAUUUGCAUACCCUGACUCCGCAUAAGCAGCUGAGACAAUGAGCAUUGCUGACGUUUCGAUGACUCCGUGUUUCUGAUGUGCCUAAUUUGCAAGAUUCUUUUUUACCAUAAAAAAAACAACUUUAGGACCCGUUUAAGGUGCAGUAAUUUCGUGUUUUUCUCACUAAGCGUAAGCCAGAGUGAGACGGAAUUAUGUGCCCGGGAGCGCGGAUAUCAAGUUUAUUAAUUAUAUUUUUUUGUGUGUUCAGGAUUCGAAUAACUGAAGAAAGCUUAUAAUUUUUUAAAUCCCCAUUAAUAAUAUAAUUUACGUAUUACGCAGGCGACAUUGGGCUUAAACAAAGGAGUCACUCACAGUGGAAGAUUGUUUUACAUGAGCUUCAAAAGGAGGCGGACGUUGACGGACCGAUGCAAAGUUAAGACGAAAGUUCAUACAAACGUAGCCCUAUUUUUUUUCUCUGGAUAAUAGCAUUAUUGAAAAUAUUUAACACAAUUAGUUGUAUAUCAACCACAGCUAUGCCCCUACGUUUAAUUAUUAUAAUAAUAAGAGCAUAUAAAAAAUUUUAUGAACCCUGUUUUUUGCUCCUAAUUUUUACAGUAAUAAAAAAAAUCUAAAAAAAGUCAAAUGUAGGGCAUAGAUAUUAUUAAUAUACAUCCAAUUAUGUAAAAAUAUUUUCCAUAAUGCCAAUAUCCAGAGAGGAAAAUGGGGACUACGUUUGUAUGGAGAAGCGGCCGUCGUCUUUCAUCUUAAAAACUCGGUGACCCGUUUUAAUAAUUUAACAUCUAAGAAUUUUAUUUUAUAACUAAAAAUAUAUAUUACAAAUUUUAGAGCUUUAGGGAAAGAUCUAAAGAUAUGGGAAAAAACAGCAAGUAAAAUAAUAUCAUGCUCCCAUUUUACAAUAAAAGUACUAAUAGAGUUGUAUCGUCCCAAAUCUAUGACAACCCAGCAAGAAUUACAUUUUUGAACUAUCAAGUAUUAACAACUUAUUAAAAACUCUAUAGCUGUUAUUAUAAGGUUGAAAAUAGCUUGUUAAUUGUUACACUGAUUGUCAACAAUUGUCAUUGCGCACGCGACUAAAGCGCCCCUAAUGAAGGGGUUGGUGCCCUUAAACUAAGGGGUUACAACAACAAUGCAUCCCAGUCGAUUAUAUGACCAAAUUAAUUUUAUGGUUGCAUUACAAUCUUUGUUAAUACUUGAUAUUUAUAAAUGCAUUGUUUAUUCCUUUGCAGUGACAGCGACAAUGUUUUUUUUUUAAAUAUCAUCCUACAAACAUACAUAUGAAUGCUACUUAUGAACGUUACCUUUUUUAUCAUAGAGUAUGUUCAAUCAAUAUUUUAUCGGAGGCGAAGCAAAACAAGUUUUCAAGCUAUCUGGUACAACAUGUAGCAUUUAAAAGACAUGUUGUGUCUAUAAAAAAUCAAUUAAUUAGUAUGCAAUUUUACAGUUCUGCCAUUUUAAAUCGAAACUUCCGUACUCCUUGCAGGUUCACUUAACAUUUACAUACAUCAAUGUAGUUUCAUAGAAUCCAGUGACAAUGUAAAUAAAAUGUCAAAAAUAAAUCCGUGAAACGGGACAUCGUUUCCCAUGGUCCGGAUAAAGCGUGGGGCGUUUUAUAUAGGCAGGGAUUCCGUCCACCGUGCCACUGUCAAACGAGACCUCAUUGUGAGCACACGCCUAUUCCAUCAGUGUAACUUGUGUCUAAAUAAUAAAGUAAUAUCGUGUAAACAAGGAUAAUGAGCGAGUAGGUGGGGUCGGCAAGGCGUCUGCCUCUCCUUUUUUUCUCGACAUCUGGGCGGCGCGAAGAACACGCCUCACAGCCCACGCAUCCGAACGCAGCGCGGCCAAACACGCUCUACGCGACCCGACGGCAACCGUAUAAACAAACAAUUUAAAAAACAGUUCGAAAUUUGAAACGUCGUGACGGUUUCCACGCUUAAUCGUUUUUUUUUUCUUGUUAUCUUUUUAAUUGCCAGCCAGGACGUUAAUUGCUCAAACUGGAGUUUGGUUGUAGUUUUAUGUGAGUUUUGAAGUGCGCGCGCUUGUUUUGCGGUGAGAUUGUCAGUGAAGCGGAAACGAUGAGCUCUCGGGGCCAGGUGGUGUUGCCAACAUGAAGCACGGUAUCGGCGAAGAGCACAGAAUGCGCAAAAACCCUCGGGCAAUCAUUUUGUUGCUGUUCAUUAUGUUUAGUAAAGCAAGUUCCCGAAACAACAUGGCGCCGAACCACCUCCUGAACUCCGCUCUCACCUGCCGCCUCGUCGGAGGGCUGACCAGAGAACAGAGAGCCACGUGCCACGAGGCGCCUGACGCCGCUGCCAUAGCUUUCGAAGGUCUACAGCUGGCGGUCAGAGAAUGCCAGCACCAGUUUCGGUGGCAUCGCUGGAACUGCUCAAGUCUACUGGUUAAGAGCAGCAAUCCACAUGCUAGCGCAAUUAUGAAAAGAGGCUUCCGCGAGACUUCUUUCCUCUACGCGCUGACCGCCGCGGGAGUGGCGCACGCCGUCGCCCGCGCCUGCGCACAAGGCAGACUGCUCUCCUGCAGCUGCGACCCCCUCGGCUACCCCUCCCACCCCAGGGACAGGAGGACCCAGAAGUGGGAGUGGAGCGGAUGCUCGCACAACCUGGCCUUCGGGAUCGAGUUCUCGAGGAAGUUUUUGGACGCGAGGGAGAAAGUGGACGAUUUACAGUCGAGGGUCAAUGUCCACAAUAAUGAUGCUGGACGGUCGAUCCUGUCAUCCCACAUGGAAGUUCGGUGCAAAUGCCACGGCCUCUCCGGCAGUUGCCAGCUGCGGACCUGCUGGCGAGCCACGCCUGACUUCAGAGUCGUGGCUUCCACUAUCAAACGACAAUACAGGAAGGCUCUUAUAGUCGCACAAGAAGAGCUGAACAACGGGUUUUCCGUACUACGUGGACGACCUAGGGGCAGGAGGCGGAGUCGAGCGCGUCCAGCGCCCAAAACUAGUCUCCUGUUCUUUGAAAAAUCCCCAAGCUUCUGCGAAGUAGACCCGAAGACGGAUUCUGCCGGCACAUCGGGCCGCGUCUGCCGGAUCGGGCGGACCUCCCGCUCUGGCUCCUGCGACCUGCUCUGCUGCGGACGAGGCCACGCCCUCAUCAGGAAGUCCAGCAUCAAACCCUGCAACUGCACGUUCCAUUGGUGCUGUCGGGUUGACUGCCAAAGGUGCAGGGACGAUAAGUGGGUGGCUGUGUGCAAGUGAAAGUGACUUGUGAAGUGAAUUUACUCGGGUUAUGUCGAAAGUCGAAAUACGUAGCGUGUACCACAAGGUGGAGAUGGACUGGCGAUCUGCUGAACAUCUGAUCUGAUGUUUUAUUAGAGGGAAAGGGGACCGGAUAUUGUGAUGAUCAUUCAUUAGAAGAGGAAGCCGUCGUGUUAAGUAUGAUGGCUUCAGUUAGCAGUAUGUGCGGGGAUUUAGUUUAUUUUGUUUUGCGAAUUAAAACAAAAAAUAUAGAUUGUAAACUGCUGUCCGGUGAAAAUAAUGAAACCGAACAAGUUCAACAGGAAUCUUUAAUUUAAUUUACAUUGAUUGUUGUAUUUAAAGAAAUAAUGAAUUGACUUUUGUUUAUUUAAGAUUUUUUU